AUGGGUGCAUGUGGCAUCAUGUUUAGCAACUGUAUCGCUGGCAUGGAGAACAGGAUCAUCAAGACUAUAACUGAGAGGAUCGUAAUGGACAAUAUCACAACAGUCUUUCUCAUGAAUAAACUAUGGUUGCAAGAGAACACCAUCGAACAUGUGUUGGUGUUGUUACAAUCCAAGGGUGACAACCUAACGACGUUGGUAGUUAGAGAAGAUAGGAUGCCGAUCCGUGGUAGGAAUAUCACCUAUCAAACAAAGAUUGGGGCAUUGUUCAACUUUAUCCAGAACAAGAAAUCUCUAAGGAACAUUGCGAUUGACCUCUCAUCACUUGGUCUCGAUAUCAAUAGAGACUAUCUCAUCAAUUCAUGGCCUAUCAGUUCAUACCUGAACUUUGAACACAUCACAUCUUUGAGACUACACAAUAGUGUCCGUCAUCAAUCACUACUCGUUGACUUCUUCUUGUUCCUCGAGGGAUUCACAAUGUUGGAGCAUCUUUCAUUCUCUGUCAGACUCGAAGUGGACGAAUCCGACCAUAUAUAUAUGGUUGAGCUUCAUUCCAAACUCUCAGCCUUUAUAGUAAAGAGCAAAAAGCUGAGAUCAUUACAACUUGGCUGGGUGCAACCCUACUCUCCUGAUGUUGAUGGGAUCAAGGCUGCGAUUGAACAGAGCAAAACGCUGGAGCAUCUAUCAUUAAGGUUUCCGGCACUUGACAACGAAGAUAUCCAAAGUGUGGAGAAUUACCUACCCAUACUCCCUGGCUCAGUCAAGUCAUUCGUUUGGAAGAAGAUGGAUAUCAAUGAUUGGGUCCUAGUCGGUCACUUCUUGCAAAUGAAUACAGAGUCCACACUGGAGAGGUUGCACCUCAAGAUGGACAACAGACAAGUACCCAAUCAACGUGCACAGUUCAGUCGCCGUUUCUUCGAAGCAGCGACCAGAUUGCGAUACCUAUGCCUGGAUGGCAUUGGCCAAAAAGAGGUACUGUGUGACCUAGCUGAUAUGAUAGGGUGCAACAAGAGCAUUGAACGUUUAGAGUUGAGAGACUAUAGAUGUGAACCACAUAUAUCGAUGGAUUGGCUCAACCAAGUUGCUCAAUGUCCCACCCUUGGAACAAUCAUUAUGUAUCUCAACCCUGAUUGUUUGAAUAGUAUUAAUGAUAACUUCACUAUUAUUAUUCCAGAUGGCUGUCCAUUCUCAUUGUGGUCUACCAAGAAGAAUCAAGGUCGUUACAAGCCCAUCAAGUGUGUGAUCAUAAGGGAUGUUUGA